GAACACUCUGGACCAGCUGGCUAGUGAACUUGCAGAUCAUUCCUGCCAUCAGAUUGAGCCUGACUUUCAUUUCCAUGGCAUUUGUUCCUUUAUCUCUCAAAGGGAUAACCAAUUGGCUGAUAGAGUAGCUGCCGAAAAGUAACCUGACUCCACUCUCCUACUGGACUCCUGCUUGGGAAUGAUGGAAAGGAGCAGCUGUUUGCUCUGAACAGUAGAACAGCUUGAGAAUAUGGCAUGUAACAUACCUAACCAAAGACAGCGGACUUUGUCGACAACUGGAGAAGCUCUAUAUGAAAUUCUUGGUUUGCCUAAGGGAGCAUCAAAUGAAGAAAUUAAGAAAACCUACAGAAAAUUGGCCCUGAGACACCAUCCAGACAAGAAUCCAGAUGAUCCAGCUUCUGCUGAGAAGUUUAAAGAAAUCAACAAUGCCCACACCAUACUUACAGACAUAUCCAAGAGAAACAUAUAUGAUAAGUAUGGAUCACUGGGACUCUACGUGGCCGAACAAUUUGGAGAUGAAAACGUCAAUACCUAUUUCAUGCUGUCAAGCUGGUGGGCAAAGGCCCUAUUCGUCAUCAUUGGCCUUUUGACUGGCUGCUAUUUCUGUUGCUGCCUGUGCUGCUGCUGCAACUGUUGUUGUGGACGCUGCCGGCCCAAAUCAUCAAUGUCAGAAGAGGACUUUUACGUGUCACCAGAAGACCUCGAGGAACAGAUCAAGAUUGACAUGGAAAAAGAUGUGGACUUUCCUGUUGUUCUCCAGCCUACAAAUGCAAAUGAGAAAACACAGCUGAUCCGAGAAGGAUCUCGAAGUUAUUGCACAGACUCUUGAUGUUGAGCCUGAGAGUCCAAAACACCUCCUCUUGGUUCACCCAUGUCUCCACAUGGUUGGGGGAGGUUGAGACAUGAAAUGCUGUGAACUUUUAGACACUUGUAUUUUGUUUUUAGGCUAAGGGAAAAUGGUUGCUACAUAGUUUUCUCAGUAGGCAGACUUUCUCUUUGAGUAGAAUUCCUAAUGAAACACAUUCAAUUUUGAUGAAUAAAGAUCUGAAGA